AUGGAAUUGAACAGUUCCGAGUCUGGUAAAGAAGUAACAGCUUUUCUAAGCAAGUACAAGCAACUUUAUCAAUUGUAUUUGGAUCGUACCACCCCUCAUAUCAAAUAUAGAUGGAUAUGUCUGGCGGGGCUCUUAGCAGUCUUUUUUUUGAGAAUUGUCUUUGCCCAGGGUUGGUAUGUUGUUUGCUAUGGACUGGGGAUUUUCCUACUGAAUCAAUUUCUAGCGUUUUUAACUCCAAAGUUUGACGUGUCCUUGCAACAAGACGAAGAGAACAAUGAACUAGAAGCUGGAGAAAGAACAGAUGAGUUCAGACCUUUUAUCAGGAGACUACCAGAGUUUAGAUUUUGGCAUAAUGCAACAAGAGCAACUGUCGUGAGCUUAUUUUUGACACUAUUCAACAUAUUUGAUAUUCCCGUUUUCUGGCCCAUCCUCUUGAUGUACUUUAUUAUACUGUUCGCCUUGACUAUGAGAAGACAAAUACAGCAUAUGAUCAAAUACAGAUAUGUUCCUUUAGAUAUUGGCAAGAAAAGAUACAAUAAUAAGAAAUAA